AUGGAGAAUAAGGUAGUUGACAGUGCGAACAGAGAAGCUACUUUGAAAGAGCAACAAUUACUGAAUCAAAAAGCAACGAAGGAGGCAGAACAAGAGAAAUCAAAAGUAGUAGUAGGGGAAAAUCAACAGAAAUGGUCAAAUCUGUUCACAGGGAAUAAAAUGGCUGCAAGAGGUACAAUUAUAGCAAGAGGAGAUGGAAUUGGAAAAUACAAGUGGCAGAAAGCUAUAAUUGUAUAUAUCAUUGGAGAAUCACCGUCAGUAGGAGCCAUGGAGAGAUUCAUAGUUGUGCAAUGGAACUUUGCUGCCAAACCUAAAGUGUACUAUCAUAAUGAAGGCUAUUUUGUGAUACUAUUCAAUAGUAUGGAUGAUAAAAAUGUUGUACUAUACUCAGGACCUUAUACAAUGGGAGUGAAGCCAUUGAUUCUGAAAUCAUGGACAGAGGACUUUGAUUUGUACAAUGAAGUUCUUAAAACUAUUCCAUUAUGGGUAAGCUUCCCUAACUUGCCUUUGAACUGUUGGGGACGAUUGACAUUGAGUAGAAUUGCUAGUGGACUAGGAACACCUUUGUAUGCUGAUGAGUGUACAAGUAAUGCUUCUAGAAUUUCCUAUGCUCGAGUGCUUAUAGAGAUGGAUAUCAGCAAGGAGUUACCUAAGUGUAUCAAAAUUCAAGAUCCUUCAGGCAAAGAGUUUGAGCAAAUGGUGGAGUAUGAUUGGGUUCCUCAGUAUUGUAGGAAGUGUUUGAUGGUGGGUCAUGAUUGUGAAAGAGAUCAAGGCAGAGCUGAAACAACAAAAAGAAGUGUUCAAAAUGAGCAACAUCAGAAUAAACAGCAAGGAAGGAGUACCAAUAUAAUUGGGAAUAUUCAGCAAACAAGGAAACCAACAACUCAAUGA